AUGGGAGCUAUCAAGUCAAGAGGACCACCAGCACCGCUCUUCAUCACCAUAUUCCUGGGAGCCAACGAUGCAUGUCUAUCGCUGAGUGGAGCCAUGGUCCCCCUUGAGGAGUAUGAAGAGCAUAUCCGCCAUUACCUGAAUACCAUACUUGACGACCCUGCCACGCAGGAGACCAAAGUGAUCCUCAUUUCACCACCCCCAGUGAAUGUCCCAGUUCCGGUAGGGGAGCCUCUCCUGGAUAACCCAGAUGCCGCCAUUAUACUGCGCAGUGUGGCAUCGCAGAGCCGUGGCCACAGAACAUGGGAGUCGAAACGGACAUAUGCAAAGAAAAUAGUUGAAAUUGGUAAGGAGUAUGAAGCCCAGACCAGCAGAGUGGCUGUCUUAGACCUUUGGUAUUCCCUCACAAAGUCUGUCUGUAGGAUCGAAGGGACAACCCAGGACGAUGCAUUCUAUCAUCUUGACAUCGAUGAGAUGCUUCCGGGUUCAGGCAUGCCGGGUGCAAAGCCCUUUGAUAAGGGGUACUUUACAGAUGGACUCCACUUUGGAGACAAGGUCAGGAUACCUUUUUGUUUCAGCUCUCUUUUCUUUCUCCUCCCUUCCAACAACAAAAAAAAAAAAAAAGACUAA